UCACCGAGUCUUACAAUUCCAAUUUCAGUCACAAACAAGUAUACAAUUCUAGAACACAAGCUUCUCUCAAAUUUCAAAGCCAAAAAAUGUCAACCACCAUUGAUGUCCCAGAAUCAAGCAAUGUUGCUAAAGAAAAAGUAGUUUUAGCUGCACCCUCAAGGUCUGGAGGGUGGAAGAAAGGGGUAGCAAUAAUGGACUUUAUUCUAAGGUUAGGUGCCAUAGCAGCUGCUCUUGGUGCUGCUGCCACAAUGGGAACCAGUGAUCAAACACUCCCUUUCUUUACUCAGUUCUUUCAGUUUGAAGCAAGUUAUGAUAGCUUCACUACUUUUCAGUUUUUUGUUAUUACAAUGGCACUUGUGGCUGGCUAUCUUGUGCUGUCACUACCUUUCUCUAUAGUAGCCAUCAUACGCCCCCAUGCAGUUGGACCAAGGCUUUUCCUCAUCAUCUUAGACACAGUGUUUCUGACUUUGGCCACUGCUAGUGGUGCUUCAGCUGCUGCCAUCGUUUACUUGGCACACAACGGGAACCAAGACUCGAACUGGCUUGCCAUAUGCAACCAAUUUGGAGAUUUUUGCGCGCAAACCAGUGGAGCAGUGGUGUCAUCGUUCGUUUCCGUGGUUAUCUUUGUGUUGCUGAUUGUUAUGUCUGCUUUGGCCCUUAGAAGACAUUAAAAUAUUAAGAUGAAAUCAGGGACUAAGUUAAUUAUAUUACCUGCAUUGUUAUAUGUUAUGUUUGGUUUAUGAAGUACUGAUGUGUCAAAUUGAUUAUUUGCAAUGAUUUGGACAAAUGUUUUGGAUGGAAUUAUAUUACUUAUUAUGACGUUUCUAAUGGCAGAAGUUUGAGCCUACAUGUUCAA